GGGACUAGGAUUGUGCAGGCCCACCACACUCCAUUUCAGACGGUGGCGUCAUGCGCCACAAGUUGGUUGCCAACCGCCACAACACAGAAGAAGAAGAAGAAGAAGAAGGAAAAUGACGACGACGACGACGUCCCCCGACGGGUCGCCCCGGGAGCUCGCCGCCGUCCUCGUCGACGUUUAUCGGCGUUGCCUGAGCGCGCGCGCCGACACCGCGAGACCGAAGCGGGACGCCGAGGAGCUGGCGCGCGCGAUCCUCGACGGCGUGCGCGCGCACCGUCGCCACGGCGACGGCGCGGCGGACGCGAGCUGCUUGGCUCUGACGCUGGUCGGCCGGGCGGUCGCCGAGGCGACGGCCGGGACGCCGCGCGACGCCCGCUUCCGCCGGGACGUGCUGGAGGCCCUGCUUCGGGACUCGGACGUCGUGUCUCGGAUGGUGGCCGAGUUUGGCUGCGAACACCCAGUGCUGCGUCACUUGGCUGCCAAGAGCGCCUCCGCGUGUGUCCUCUACCAACUGCAAGUGUCCGGCUCGGUUCAUCCCGAGUGGCGCGGGACGUGCGAGCGGGCGCUGCUCAGCUUGCCCGCCGGCCCCGAACUGGACUCCUGUUUGUGGUCGCUGACGUCCGUCCUCCAGAAACUUCUGCGCGACCAUCGUCAAGAACUCGUCGGGACGCUCGUGACGGUCUUCGACGCAAGCGUCGGCGUCGCGGCUCGGAGGUUCCUUUCCGCGGACCGGAGCGCCCGGGGCGCGGGGGGUGCCGCCGACACCUUUUGCCUGCUGCUGGACCUUCUGGAAAUCCUCGCGGCGUCCGGUCCCGCGCCGUCCGGCGGCGCGAGGAGCCCGCACCUGACGCACGUCCACGCCGCCGCCCUGCUCGCCGCCGUCAACCGAGUUUCGCAACAAGACUGA